UUCAACUCCUUACUCAUUCACAACCUCUUCAUCUCUUUCUAAUCCUUCACUCUUCAACUUUCUCUCUCCUCAAAUUCUCUCUGCAAAAUCAAUCAUAAAAAAUGGUCGGCAAAGAUGUCGCUACAGUCAAGAGCACCGCCGGAAGAGGCCAGCGAAAGAGCGGCGUGAAGUCAGUUUCUCGCUCUUCCAAGGCCGGUCUCCAGUUUCCGGUGGGUCGCAUUGCUAGAUUCUUGAAGAAGGGUCGUUAUGCUCAGAGAGUUGGGUCUGGUUCUCCUGUAUACCUUUCUGCUGUUCUUGAGUAUCUCGCUGCUGAGGUUCUGGAAUUGGCGGGAAACGCAGCAAGAGACAACAAGAAGACAAGAAUCAUACCAAGGCAUAUUCAAUUGGCUGUCAGAAAUGAUGAAGAAUUGGGCAAACUUUUAGGGGGUGUGACUAUUGCUAAUGGAGGUGUUCUGCCUAAAAUCCACUCUGUUUUGCUUCCCAAGAACACCGGCAAAUCUAAGAGCGACAAGGGUGAAAAGUUAUCUGAAUCUCAGGAUUUUUAGGGUUUCUAAUUAGUGUUUUUAACAAUUUGAGGAUGAUUUUGUUUAUGGUUGGGAAAAAUAUGUUAGUAAAAGUUAGGAGUAUAUGAAAUUAGGGUUUUAGUUGAUGGAUUGACUGGUGUAAUAUCCGAUGUUAUUGCAUAUUGAACAGUUUGUUCACUUAUAAAAAUUUCCUACUUGGUUGUUCCUUAUAUUUUUUUUAA